AUGGGAGGGGCUUUUGAGGCUCCGACUUCUGAUUUCCUAAAGAGGGAGGAUAGAAGUAAGGCUGGAACUACGAAAAGAGAAGGCCCGGUGGCGGCAGUUGCAGCAGGCCACGAGCAAGUAAGAGAGCAAGGACCCAGCGCGACGGAUGGUGACGUAUGCGUGAUAACCGAUUGGGUGGAGAGCGAUCCGAGACGAAUCUGGAGAAACAAGAGGACGCGCCAGGCAGAGAGAGAGAGGAUAAGACCGGGUGUGGUUUAUUGGGGUGUGGCGACGGGAAGAAGGGAAGGGCAGGGAGAACAGAACGGAAGGGAAUCAAUCAAAUCUGGCUCAAAAGAUGCUGGAGGCAGGAUGAGGCAGACUCUUUAUCCAACUCGGUGGGACCUUUUCCUUCUUGUUCACGUUGUCCCUCGGGGUCCAAGUCGAGUCGAGUCCAUCCGACCUAGAUCGCUAGUACCGUACCAGUACCUGCUGCUAUCGACUGGACUAGCCCGGGGAAACCUAGAAGGAGGUAGUAGAGGAGGAGAGAGGAGGAGGGGGGGUCCGCAGGACGCUCAAUACCAAUACAGAUACAGACAAGAGGGUCAGAAGAGCAGGUGCAAUGGACUAGCGGCGAGUACCCAAUCUGGCAAUCUGCUGGAUGCGCAUCCCCGUUCGUCCAUGGCGGAGAACCAGCAAUCAAUGGGCAAAUCCCCCUUCCACUUCCCACUAAUCUUGCCUUCCUUCCUCCCCUUCUGGGCCCUUCUCAUCAUUUUUUUUCUGAUCAGACGACCACUGCCCGUCGUCAGCAUUGACACCCGCCCCUCCCUCAUGCCCCCCCCGUUGGAAGGUUUACCCCUGGUCACUCGCCAUUCUUAUCUCUUUAGCUUAUUCGGUGGGCUUCCAUCGGCGUUACGGAUUCUGGAGUAG